GGCCGCACAAAGGCAGUGACUGGGGAGCCGCUAGGGACUGCGCACGUGGGAACCCGCUGUGGCUCACCUCCAGGUACUGCGUCCACGGAGCCAGUGCACCCACGGACCUAGGCUUCCCCUACCAGGGAAAGAGCUUCUUUCAAAAAAUCUGGGCGUGACUGUCUGAUUUGUACUGGACUCAGCAUAUCUAAAUCCCAAAUUCCAUUGGGAGUUAAGAUAACCUACAACCUCAGAGACCUAGCCAAUCCCACCUCCGCCAUGGGGGUCAUGACUCGGCUGUUGCCGGGCAUCUUCCUGGCUCUGCUUGCCCUUCCUUCCGAAGGCGGUGUCCUCAAGAAAGUCAUCAGACAAAAGCGGCAGAGUGGAGUGAACAUGACCCUGCCAGAGGAGAAUCAGCCAGUGGUGUUCAACCACAUCUACAACAUCAAGUUACCCAUGGGGUCCCAGUGCUCAGUAGAUCUGGAGUCAUCUGGAGGGGAGAAAGACCUGACCCCCACGCCAGAGUCCAGUGGAAGCUUCCAGGAACACACAGUGGAUGGGGAAAACCAAAUUGUGUUCACACACCGCAUCAACAUCCCCCGCCGUGCCUGUGGCUGUGCUGCAGCUCCAGAUGUGAAGGAGCUCUUGAGCAGGCUGGAGGACCUAGAGAUGCUGGUGUCAUCCCUGAGGGAGCAGUGCACCAUGGGAACGGGCUGUUGUCUCCAACCUGCAGAAGGCCGUCUGGACACCAGGCCUUUCUGCAGUGGCCGGGGCAACUUCAGCACAGAAGGAUGUGGCUGUGUUUGUGAGCCAGGCUGGAAAGGCCCCAACUGCUCUGAGCCAGAAUGUCCCGGCAACUGUAAUCUCCGGGGCCAGUGCCUUGAUGGGCAAUGUGUCUGUGAAGAGGGUUUCACUGGAGAGGACUGCAGCCAGCUGGCAUGUCCCAAUGACUGUAAUGACCAGGGCAGGUGUGUGAACGGGGUCUGCGUGUGCUUCGAAGGUUAUGCAGGGGUUGACUGUGGCCUGGAGGUCUGCCCAGUACCCUGCAGCGAGGAGCACGGGAUGUGCGUGGACGGCAGGUGCGUGUGCAAGGACGGCUUCGCAGGCGAUGACUGUAACGAGCCCUUGUGCCUCAAUAACUGCUACAACCGGGGACGGUGCGUGGAGAACGAGUGUGUGUGCGACGAGGGCUUCACAGGUGAGGACUGCAGCGAGCUCAUCUGCCCCAACGACUGCUUUGACCGCGGCCGCUGUGUCAAUGGCACCUGUUACUGUGAAGAGGGAUUCACUGGUGAGGACUGUGGCCAACUCUCCUGCCCCAACGCCUGCCAGGGUCAAGGCCGGUGUGAGGAGGGCCAGUGUGUGUGCGAUGAGGGUUUUGCCGGUUCGGACUGCAGUGAGAAACGGUGUCCUGCUGAUUGUCACCACCGUGGUCGCUGCCUCAAUGGGCAGUGUGAGUGCGAUGAUGGGUUCACUGGCGCUGACUGCGGGGACCUCCAGUGUCCCAACGGCUGCAGCGGGCAUGGCCGCUGUGUCAAUGGGCAGUGUGUGUGUGAUGAUGGGUUCACUGGAGAGGACUGCAGCCAGAGGCGGUGCCCCAAUGACUGUCACAACCGGGGCCACUGCGUGCAGGGCAAGUGUGUGUGUGAGCACGGUUUCAAGGGCUUUGACUGCAGUGAGAUGAGCUGUCCCAAUGACUGCCACCAGCACGGCCGCUGUGUGAAUGGCAUGUGCGUCUGUGAUGAUGACUACACUGGAGAAGACUGCAGGGACCGUCGCUGCCCCCGGGACUGCAGCCACCGGGGCCGCUGUGUGGACGGACAGUGCAUAUGUGAGGAUGGCUUUACAGGUCCUGACUGUGCUGAGCUCUCCUGCCCUAAAGACUGCCACAGCCAGGGCCGCUGCGUGAACGGCCAGUGCAUCUGCCACGAGGGCUUCACUGGCAAAGACUGCAAAGAACGAAGGUGCCCCAGUGACUGCCAUGGCCAGGGCCGCUGUGAGGACGGCCGGUGCAUCUGUCAUGAGGGCUUCACAGGCCAUGACUGUGGGCAGCGCUCCUGCCCCAACGACUGCAGCCACCGGGGACAGUGUGUCUCUGGCCGCUGCAUCUGCAGUGAAGGCUACACAGGGGAGGACUGCUCCCAUGUGUCCCCUCCCAAAGAUCUCAUUGUGACAGAAGUGACGGAAGAGACUGUAAACUUGGCAUGGGAUAAUGAGAUGCGGGUCACAGAGUACCUCAUUGUGUAUACACCUACCCAUGCUGAUGGCCUGGAGAUGCAGUUCCGUGUGCCUGGGGACCAGACAUCCACCACCAUCCAGGAGCUGGAGCCAGGAGUGGAGUACUUCAUCCGAGUGUUCGCAAUCCUGGAGAACAAGAGGAGCAUCCCUGUCAGUGCCAGAGUCGCCACCUACUUGCCUGCACCUGAGGGCCUGAAAUUUAAGUCCAUCAAAGAGACAUCUGUGGAAGUAGAGUGGGAUCCUCUAGACAUUGCUUUCGAAACAUGGGAGAUCAUCUUCCGGAAUAUGAAUAAAGAAGAUGAGGGAGAGAUCACCAAAAGCUUGAGGCGACCAGAGACCUCUUACAAGCAGACUGGCCUCGCUCCUGGGCAAGAAUAUGAGAUAUCUCUGCACAUUGUUAAAAACAAUACCCGGGGCCCUGGCCUGAAGAAAGUGACCACAACUCGCUUGGAUGCCCCCAGCCAGAUCGAAGUGAAAGACAUCACAGAUACCACUGCGCUGAUCACCUGGUUCAAGCCCCUGGCUGAGAUCGAUGGCAUUGAGCUUUCCUAUGGCAUCAAGGAUGUGCCGGGGGACCGCACCACCAUCGAUCUCACACACGAUGAGAAUCAGUACUCCAUUGGGAACCUGAGACCUGACACUGAGUACGAGGUGUCCCUGACCUCCCGCAGGGUGGACAUGGCCAGCAACCCUGCCAAGGAGACCUUCACCACAGAAAUGGAUGCCCCCAAGGACCUUCAGGUGUCUGAAACAACCCAGGACAGUCUGACCUUGUUCUGGAAGGCACCACUGGCCAAGUUUGACCGUUACCGCCUCAACUACAGCCUCCCCACAGGUCAUUCCGUGGAGGUGCAACUACCAAGGGACGCUACCUCCCACAUCCUGACAGGCCUGGGGCCAGGGCAGGAAUACACCAUACUCCUCAGCGCUGAGAAGGGCAGGCACAAGAGCAAGCCAGCUCGUGUGAAGGCAUCCACGGAACAAGCCCCUGCCCUGGAAAAUCUCACCGUGACUGAGGCCAGCUGGGAUGGCCUCAUGCUCAACUGGACCACAGAUGACCUGGCCUAUGAGUACUUUGUCAUUCAGGUACAAGAGGCCAACAAGGUGGAGACUACCCAGAACCUCACAGCACCUGGCAGUCUCCGGGCUGCAGACAUCCCAGGCCUCAAAGCUGCCACCCCUUACAGAGUCUCCAUCUAUGGGGUGACCCAGGGCUAUAGAACACCAGUGCUUUCUGUCGAGACCUUCACAGGAGAGACUCCCAAUUUGGGAGAGGUCACGGUGGCCGAGGUAGGCUGGGAUGCCUUCAAGCUCAACUGGACUGCUCCAGAAGGGGCCUAUGAGCACUUUUUAAUUCAGGUGCUAGAGGCUGACACCACCCAAGGUGCCAAGAACCUCACCGUCCCUGGAGGACUGAGGUCCGUGGACCUGCCUGGGCUCAGAGCAUCCACUCGCUAUUAUGUCAGCAUCCGUGGGGUGACGCAGGACUUCAGCACAGCCCCUCUUUCUGUUGAAGUCUUGACAGAGGAGGUUCCAGGUCUGGGAAACCUCACAGUGACCAAGCUUAGCUGGGAUGCCUUCAUACUGGACUGGACCACACCUGAUGGAACCUAUGACCAGUUUAUCGUUCAGGUUCAGGAGGCUGGCCAGACAGAAGGGGCUCGCUAUCUCACCGUUCCUGGCAACCUACAUUCUGUGGAAAUCCCAGGCCUCAGGGCUGGUACUCCCUACACAGUUACCCUGCAUGGUGAGGUCAGAGGUCUCCGCACUCAACCCCUUGCCAUAGAGGUCACCACAGAGGCUCUCCCCAAGCUGGGAGAUUUAUCCGUGACUGAGGUCAGCUGGGAUGGCCUUACACUCAACUGGACCGCAGAUGACCUGGCCUAUGAGCACUUUGUCAUUCAGGUGCAGGAGGCCAACAAAGUGGAGACCGCUCAAAACCUCACGGUGCCUGGCAGCCUCCGGGCUGUGGACGUAUCGGGCCUCAAGGCUGCUACCCCUUAUAGAGUUUCUGUCUAUGGGGUCAUCCGGGGCCAUAGAACACCAGUAAUCUCUGCUGAGGCCUCCACAGCCAAAGAACCUGAAAUUGGAAACCUAAAUGUUUCUGACAUAACUCCUGAGAGCUUCAAUCUCUCCUGGACAGCUACUGAUGGAAUCUUCGACACGUUUACCAUUGAAAUUAUUGAUUCUAAUAGGUUGCUGCAGACAGUGGAAUAUAACAUAUCUGGUGCUGAACGAACUGCCCACAUUUCAGGGCUUUCCCCUAGUACUGAUUUCAUUGUCUACCUCUCUGGACUUGCUCCCAGCAUCAGGACCAAAACCAUCAGUACCACGGCCACCACAGAGCCAGAGCCACAGUUGGGCACGUUAAUCCUUAACAAUAUUACUCCUGACAGCUUCAACAUGUCAUGGACCACUCAAGCUGGGCUUUUUGCAAAGAUUGUUAUCAAUGUGAGCAAUGUUCAUUCACUGCAUGAGUCUCAGCAGCUCACAGUCCCUGGAGAUGAACAGCAAGCUCACAUCACGGGCUUGGUGGAGAACACUGCCUAUGAAGUCAGUGUGGUAGGGACCACCUGGGCUGGCGACCCCACCAGACCCCUCACUGCCUUUGUCGUUACAGAGGCCUUGCCCCUUCUGGAAAACUUAACCAUUUCCGACAUUAAUCCCUACGGGUUCACAGUUUCCUGGAUGGCAUUGGAGAAUGCCUUUGACAGCUUUCUAGUAACGGUGGUGGAUUCUGGGAAGCUGCUGGACCCCCAAGAAUUCACACUUUCAGGAACCCAGAGGAAACUGGAGCUUAGAGGCCUCAUAACUGGCAUUGGCUAUGAGGUCACAGUCUCUGGCUUCACCCAAGGGCAGCAAACCAAGCCCUUGAGGGCUGAGACUAUUACAGAAGCUGAACCAGAAGUUGACAACCUUCUAGUUUCAGAUGCCACCCCAGAUGGUUUCCGUCUGUCCUGGACUGCUGAUGAAGGGAUAUUCGACAGUUUUGUUCUCAGAAUCAGAGAUACCAAAAAGCAAUCUGAACCACGGGAAAUAACACUUCCUUCCUCCGAACGUACCAGGGACAUAACAGGUCUCAGAGAGGCCACCGAAUAUGAAAUUGAACUCUAUGGAAUAAGCAAUGGAAGGCGAUCCCAGCCAGUCAGUGCCAUAGCAACAACAGCCAUGGGCCCUCCCAAGGAAAUCGUGUUCUCAGACAUCUCUGAAAAUGCAGCCACCGUCAGCUGGAUGGCACCCACUGCCCAGGUGGAGAGUUUCCGGAUUACAUAUGUGCCUAUGACAGGAGGUAUCCCCUCCAUGGUAACUGUGGAUGGAACAGAAACUGAGACCCGGCUGGUGAAGCUCAUCCCUGGAACGGAGUACCACGUCAGCGUCAUUGCCAUGAAGGGUUUCGAGGAAAGCGAUCCUGUCUCCGGGUCACUCACUACAGCUCUGGAUGGCCCUUCUGGCCUGGUGACAGCCAACAUCACAGAUUCAGAAGCUUUAGCCAUGUGGCAGCCAGCCAUUGCUACUGUGGACAAUUAUGUCAUCUCCUACACGGGGGAGAGAGUACCAGAAGUUACACGCACAGUGUCUGGGAAUACGGUGGAAUAUGAUCUGGCUGACCUCGAGCCUGCCACAGAAUACACACUGAGGAUCUUUGCAGAGAAAGGACCCCAGAAAAGUUCCACCAUCACUACCAAGUUCACAACAGACCUUGAUUCUCCGAGAGACUUGACCGCUACUGAGGUUCAGUCAGAAACUGCCCUCCUCACCUGGAAACCUCCCCGAGCAUCUGUCACUGGUUACCUACUGGUCUAUGAAUCUGUGGAUGGUACAGUCAAGGAAGUCAUUGUGGGGCCAGAUACCACCUCCUACAGCCUGGCAGACCUGAGUCCAUCCACCCACUACACCGCCAGGAUCCAGGCAUUGAGUGGGUCCCUGAGAAGCAAGCUGAUCCAGACCAUCUUCACCACAAUUGGACUCCUAUACCCGUUCCCCAGGGACUGCUCCCAAGCCAUGCUGAAUGGUGACACCACCUCUGGCCUUUACACCAUUUAUAUAAAUGGUGACAAAGCCCAAGCUCUAGAAGUCUUCUGUGAUAUGACCUCGGAUGGAGGUGGAUGGAUCGUUUUCCUGAGACGCAAAAAUGGACGUGAGGACUUCUACCGAAACUGGAAGGCUUAUGCUGCUGGAUUUGGGGACCGCAGAGAAGAAUUCUGGCUCGGACUGGAUAACCUGAGCAAAAUCACAGCCCAAGGGCAGUACGAGCUCCGGGUGGACCUGCAGGACCAUGGGGAGUCAGCGUUCGCGGUCUAUGACAAGUUCAGCGUGGGAGACGCCAAGAGUCGCUACAAGCUGAACGUGGAAGGGUACAGUGGGACAGCAGGUGACUCCAUGAACUACCACAAUGGCAGAUCCUUCUCCACCUAUGACAAGGACACAGACUCAGCCAUCACCAACUGUGCUUUGUCCUAUAAAGGAGCGUUCUGGUAUAAGAACUGUCACCGUGUCAACCUGAUGGGGAGAUAUGGGGACAAUAACCACAGUCAGGGUGUUAACUGGUUCCACUGGAAGGGCCACGAAUAUUCAAUCCAGUUUGCUGAGAUGAAGCUGAGACCCAGCAACUUCAGAAAUCUUGAAGGCAGGCGCAAACGAGCAUAAAUCCCAGGACACAUGGGUGAGAGAGGAAUGGGGCCCAGAGAAAGGAAUGGAUUUUUACCAAAGCAUUGAUACACCAGUCUAAACAUCAAGCCAUACCUGGGCAUCUGGUGGGAGUCCAAGUUGACUACAAAUCACGAGGCACUGGCAUAGGGUCCUCUGCAGUUACUCCCUUUGCACCAAAGACAACAGUCUGCAACUGGUUCCUGCUUUGUUGUUUGAUUCAACGAAAGUCUUCCAGUAACAACAACACAAUGGUUUUUUAAUUCUCUUGGGUGGCUCUGGGAAUGGGAGAGGGGUAGGCUAUACAGUGGGAGUAGUUUGUUUUAGAACCAGCCAUAUUUUACACAAAGCUGCAUAAUUAAUUAUUAUUAUUUUGGGUAGCAAAAAAACUGUGUGACAUUGGAUGUUGCCCCCCACCCCCCUUUUUUUCUACAUACAACUGAAUUCAGAAAAGCAACACUGUUUCCAUUUCAAGAAGAUUAAUAUUAUUAAUAUAAUAAUGAUGGUGGUGAUAAUGAAAACUAAGAAUUUUUAAAGAUGUUCCCUUCCCAAAUGCAUCUGGACAGAACCUGAUUGUAUUUUUUUUUAAUAAAAGCACAAGUACUUUUGAA